UUUAUUCUAUUAAUGCACUCGUAAUUUUAAUCUGUGACAACAUCGGGGAAUAAAUCGCAGCGGAAUUUCUUCAAAAGAAUUUUAAUAGUCCAACGUUAUCUUUUACUUGAUACGUUUCUCACACAGGCAACACCUUGGAGAGAGGAAGAGAGAGAGAGAGAGAGAGAUGUAACGAUUUGAAAGAGGAAAGAUGACGGCGCAGCUGUUGUCUUUAUUUUGAUAAGAAGUCUUAAAGCAGAUGGACCGGGCUAUACUUUUUAUCGUUGUAAGCACGAAUAGAAGACAAUAAUAGCUGAGUCAUUACUCGAUACGACGAAACGAGGAAAUUCGAAGUAUCUUAAGAGACUUCAAAUGAGAUCAUACGCCGCAUUUAUUCAAAUAUCGUGCGAAAAACGUCUCCACAUAACCUUAACGUUUUCGAGGGUUUAAAAGGAAGAUGGGGAGAAGUUUUUACGAUCGGCAUGUGUCAACGGCACUACAUGCAAGAGUCAAUGUUCGGCAAGAAUGGUAACCAUAGAAUUACGUAUUGUUGGAUCGUUACAUGUGUCGGCCACGUAGUCAGCCAUCAGUAAUAUCCGAACGAUUCUGCAGGCACGAAGGGAAUAGGAGGUCGCUAUUUUUUUGAGAAAUAACAUUAAUCAUGAAUGGAAAAGAAGAUAUGACAAUUGCGAUCAUUCGAAUGGGGAAACUUUUGGCGGGCGUUUCGAGCAAGAUACGCGAGUCGAUUGGAAAACACGGUGCUCAAAGUUCGCCUUUGGUUCAAGAAAUUAUCAACCGCAUCGAGCUUUUCAGAAAGUCCAUCAUAGUCCGAAUGAAAAAAACUCCAGAUAUCGAACGCAUGCAUGCUAUCAAUUUGCGCGAUUGUCGUACGACCAUAACGGAAACUUUGUCAGAGCUCGAAGUAUUGCAGAAUACGUCCGUGGAACAAAAAUCGAAUUUUGAAAUUUUCCUAAGGGACGUCACGAUCCACAUAAACAACGAGGAAAAGUUAAUGAGAAGUAUCAAGGAAACAUCGGAAGUGGACAUACCGAAAGAAAUAGAGGAUUCGAUGUUGACGAUACUGAAUGUAAGAGAACAAGGAGAAGCACGGAAGAAAUUGCUACAAUCGGAAAUAGACUCGGCAGAGCGGAGAUUGCAUAAUAUCAUGGAAUUUAAUGCCACAACUGAGAAGAUACUUCUUGACAACUGCGCUGAAGUAGAACAGAAACUUACAGAUCUUCUUGCUAAAUACGAUCAUGACAUUGGAACAUGUCAUACUUUGAUGGAAAAGUUGACCAAAGAGAAGGAGCUUCUUAAUGCAGAAAAAAAAGAUAUGGAGGACCAAUUAGUCGUGCAACGGGCGCUGUAUACUCAGUUGAAGAAAGAGCGAGAAAUCACUCUGAUGAAGGCCUUCACGAAAAAAUUGGAGCUCUUCAAGCGAAAUCGAGCUGCUAAGACUAUUCAAAAGGCAUGGAGAGCUUAUUUUGAACGUAUUUCUCAAAGAAGACGGAGAAAAGCUAGAAGAAAAUAAUCGGUUUACACAAUUGGCCACCACUUUUACAUGGGUUGAACAAAGGCAACCAUAUGGCUAUGACGAAGUUAGUGGAGUGACCAGUAGUGGAUAAUACCCCACGACGUUCGCUGGUUUUGUACAACGGGCAAACGUAC